GCUGCAGCGCCACAAAUCCAACUUUACCGUUCCACACCAUGCAUCACCUGCGGGUCCCCGUGCUGCUCGUCACGCUGCUUGCGCUGCUGCGCUGUGUCACCGCCGCGCCAAGCCACAGGUACUUCAGUCCCCGCUCAUCCAGCGAGCAGGAAAGCGCCCUCCCCGGGAGCGAGGACUGGUUGGCUGAGCUGUCCUCCAACCCGUUCCUGGGCCUCGUGGCUGCACGGCCGCAGAGGGGGCUCCCUCCUACAAACAGUCACCACUUACAGAAAAGGAAGUGCAACACAGCCACCUGCGUGACCCAGAGGCUAGCAGACUUCCUGGUUCGGUCCAGCAACACCAUCGGCACCGUCUACGCGCCGACCAACGUGGGAUCCGCCACAUAUGGCAAGAGGGACCUACUGCAGCCGCCCCGCUACAGGCCUCUCUAGUACGAAGCGAGAAACUUCACCAGCGCUCCCAGUGCUCCGAUGAUGUAACCAGUCAUCUUAUGUAACAAAUGUCUGUGAGAAUGACGCUACUAAUGAUGAAACCAGUGGUAAUGAUGUUUAUGAGUGUUCGUUGUUUGUUUAUUUUAGAAACUUCAAAAAAAAACAGUGCCUUUAAUUUAAACCAUUAAAAUCAAUGUAUGCUUUUUUUCCGCUCUGUUGCUCUGUUAAUACGCCUCAACACUGGCAUGAUGUGAAUAUUAAAAUACUUAAAAGUAAUGCAUAAAAAAUAAAUAAAAGAAGAAGAAGACAGAUGUAAAGCCAUACAAAGUCAAUGUCACUCUGGUGUUUUUGAUAACAAAAUAAAAAUCUUUUACAAAA